CCGUCCUCUUAUUUUUCUGUGCGAGAUGGGUGUUAUUGUUUGCCUUGUUGCAAUUAUUGGUGUUGUUGCUGGAUAUUUUAAAUGGAUACACAGUUAUUGGAAACGACGAGGAAUUGAAGGUCCUGUUGGAUUGCCAUUUAUUGGCUCGUUUUAUGACCUAGCAGAUAGAGAGAAACCAAGAGGAUUUAUUAUAAAUAAAUGGACAAAGAUGUUUGGAAAAGUAUUCGGAUAUUAUGAAGGUGUUAUACCGGUUCUUGUUGUCAGUGAUUUGGACAUGCUUCAAGAAAUGUUCAUCAAGAAAUUUGAUUGCUUUUACGCCAGAAAAACCACCAAUCUUAUCCAUGGAAAUCUCGAAUGCUCACAAGAAGAGCCAAGAGUAAAUUUAUUCGCUGCUCGUGGAGCCAGAUGGAAGCGAUUGAGAGCCUUGGCGUCUCCUGCAUUUUCAGUCAAAGCAUUGAAACAGAUUCAUGAAACUAUGGAGGACAGUGUGUUUAGCAUGGUUGAUCACAUGUCGAAACAAGUAAACGGAGAAGCGUUCAAUAUUCAUGAGUACUAUCAGGAAUUUACUUAUGACGUCAUCUCUCGCUUGGCGAUGGGCCAAACAUAUUCCGAGCAGUUCAACAAUGAGGGGGUGGACAUUGUAAAGAAAAUCUUUCUACGCAAAAAUCGUGUCUACCCCUGGUACCUGGCAGUAAUGUUUCCAGGCUUUGAAAACACUAUCAAAAAUACUUUCUUCAACCAUGAAGCUGUACGCGGUGGAGACGUUGGAAAACUAUUGAAGUUUUGUGAGACCGCUGUUCACGACCGAUUGAAGGAGAGGGCGGACAAUGUUGAACAAGGAAUUGAAAAUCCUCAUAAUGAUUUCAUUGAUAUGUUCCUCGACUAUUACACCGACACCAACAUCGAAGAUAACGCUUUUGGAAUAAAGGUUGAGAAAAAAGUGACAUCUGAAGACGUGAUCGGAGCUUGUUUUGUGUUUUUGCUAGCCGGCUUUGACACAACUGCAAAUACUUUGGCUUACGCCUCUUAUCUACUAGCAAAACAUCCACAAGAAAUGAGAAAGGUGCAAGAUGAAAUUGACAGAAUAUGCACAUCAGAACACAUUUCCUAUGAUGAUAUUGGAAAAUUGAGGUAUAUGGAUGCAGUGAUAAGAGAAGCUUUGAGAAUGUAUCCAGUUGCCUGGUUCGCUUGCUCAAGAGAAUGCGUUCAAGCAACAACACUUGGUAAUUACUAUAUCGAAAAAGGAGUCCGAAUUGAAGCUGAUGUGAGAGCUUUGCAUUAUUCUGAAGAGAUCUGGGGAAAGAAUGCUAACGAGUUUGUACCAGAAAGAUGGCUCGAAUCCUCACCUCGUCAUAACAUGUCUUGGAUACCGUUUGGUGCAGGUCCUCGACAGUGUGUUGGAAUGCGUCUUGGACUUUCUGAGGCAAAAACUGCACUUGCUCAUUUGCUCCGAAGAUUCUCUAUUUUGGCUGGUCCAAAAACGGAAAAAGAAUUACACUUACAAGGCUGUACGACAACAUCUCCAGAAAAGGUUACUGUACAUUUGAUGACAAGGGAUUGAACGGCAUAUUUUGAACAAUAUUUGUAUUUAAAUACUUAUUCAUCACCACGUGUUACUUGAAUCUCAAGUUUGUGACUUUCUGUUUCUAAUUUUUCAUGAUAUUUUUUUUCAAUUUCUGUUUCUAACUUUUCAUGUCAUUUUUUGUAUUGAUACAUAUUAUUUGCAAUAAGUCUUGGCCUUACACGUCUUGCCAGAAUACUAAAAAAUAAAGAAAUUCAAUUUUGU